AACGUCUUCGAGAGGAAAAAAAGUGGCAACUGCAGCUAUGAAAGCAAUUUGGGAUGCACAAUCCAAAGAGUGCUUCAUCCAAGCAUGUGUGGAAGAGUUGGGAGGUGCUGAGUACAAAGAAGAAACCUAACUUACCAAGAUUGGGUGGCCAAUGUUCUUAAGAAAUUUAAUGAACAAAGGGGAAAGGAUUAUGACAGAAGCCAACUGAAGAAUCAAUGGGGUGUUCUGAAAGAGAAGUGGCAGCAGUGGCAACACUUGAUUUUAGGUGAAAGCGGACUACGUAGGGAUCCAGACACGGGUGCUAUUACAGCAUCAGAGGAGUGGUGGGAUCUCAAGCUGAUGUGCCAUCCUGAGUGCAUCAAGUUCAAGGAAAAGCCCUUGCCACUGGAGGAGGAAAUGCGCAUCCUUUUUGGUAGCAACACAGCUACUGGUGAGCAUAUGCACACACCUAGUUCAGGCUCAGUUCCAGCUGCCCCGAAAGAGCGUACAAUAAAUUUGGAGGUGGACAACAUUGAUGCAUUAUUGGAUGAUGAUGUUGAGGUUCAAGAGUUGAUGCACGCACUAGAAAAUGUGUCCAAAAAGAGGCGUGUUGAUGGAUCGGCUACGAAGAAAGGCAAAGGCAAAAAGGGUACCAUGGGCUCAAGACUUGAAGCUUGCAUGCAACAAAUCUGCGACUCAACUGACAGUGCAAGUUCUCCCUCCUCCGUCCACCGUGCUGCCCCUAACAUUCCAACGAUAAAAGAAUGCAGUGAGAAACUAUCGUUACUCCCUGAAUUUGACACAGAUCCAACGUUGUGGGCAAAAGCCCAUAACCUUUUCAGAGAUGCGAUGACGCAAACGCUUUUCAUGACUUGCCCGGACGAAUUAGGAGUUGGUGUUUCGGUAGUGAAUAAUUUUGUUGGUGUUACUGAUGGUAGUAUUUUGAGACUGAUGGUUCCUUGUUUGUGGUGGAAGAGUAAAGGUUUAAUGGGUAGUUCCCUGCCCGAAUCUGCAUCUAUGGGGUGUGUUCAUGCAUUAUUGGGUUUUUUCAUCAAUCAGAAGGAGGCCAAUAAUUCAAAGCUUUCCUGCUUUCAAGAAACCAAUAAUGCACUUCACGAGUCAUUGCAGUUUUUGAAUUCCCAGCUUUCCUUUUCUUUGGCUGUAUAUUUGAUGUUUGGCAAAUGGGGAGGACAAUAA